AUGAUCUGGAAUGAAUCUGUGAGAUUCACUCACUACUGCAUUUAUGUCCUACUAGCUGAUAAUCCGGUGCUGCCCAGUAUGCAUUUAAUUCAGAUGGACUCAGUCCAACGCUGGAUGGAAGACUUGAAGCUCAUGACUGAUAGUGAAUGCAUGUGUAUUCUUCAGUCUAAGCCAAUCAGUUUAGAAGAAGAUGCACACGGUGAAUUUCCUAUUUCAUCAGCACAACAUAGUGCUGGUGACAACUUGCAGUUGUUGCUGAAAAGAGCUUGGAUUAUAAGUACUGAGCUGACCAGGAUUGUUCAAAAGCUGGAAAAGAAUAGAUGGCAGAGGGUGCACAGCAUGACAGUACGAGUCAAUUGUCAUGUCCGAUCAAUGAUCAAUGAAUAUAAUAUACUCACAAGGAAUUCUUGGGAAGAAAUGCACCAGUAUGAAAAAAUGCUAGUGGAAAAAUGCUCAGAGCUUACAACAGUUACUGAAAGGUGCAUACAGAUUGAAGAUGAACAAAUAUUAAAAUCAAUGAAAUCUUGUAUUAAUGAUGCGCUAACCACAGUGGCACAGUAUUUUGCCCAAUUGAUAGAACUAGCUCUAACACAUGAAAUAAAGAACUUGGUGAAAGAAAUACAUUCAUCAGAUAACCUCUACUCUGUAGAAUCAGCUGUAAGCAACUUAUUUAGCCUUACUCAAGAAGGAUCCCAUUUGUGUCGCAUCAUUGCAAAGGAAGGAGGUAUUGUUGCCUUGCUUAAAAUCUGCCGUCAAGAUUGCUUCAGAUGCCUAUAUCCUCAAAUACUCCGAACGGUGGCCUCAGUAUGUUGUGUGGAAGAAGGAAUCCAACAGCUGGAAAAGGUAUCACCUCCAUCUCUUGGGUCUGUAAAAACAAUGUGCUCUCCUUAG